AUGUCAGAGUAUGAAAUCGAUGCUAUAACCACUUCAGGUGCUGGAGUUCCAACAACAAGCUGGAUCGUGCAGGUAGAUCCGAAGACAAAUUUGCCCUUUUAUUACAACUUUUUGACAAAAGAAUCUACAUGGGAUAUUCCUGACGAUUACCAGGCCUAUCUUGAAGCGUAUGAGGUCUACCUUCAACGUAACAAAGGGAAGAAAAAAGACGAUAGUGAUAUGAUGACUCAAAUUCACAUAAUGCCUGAAGGCAACGCUAGAAAGCGUCGUCGCAUUAGGCGUGCUUGGAUGCGUUCAGAAGAGGAAAGAUCGAUUUCAGGGGCUCAUCAUGAGAAUGCACCCAUCGAAUUCUUGUCAGAAUAUAUUGCUUAUAGCAGCUCCUCUUCAGAUAACGAUUCCUCGUGUUCAAGGUCCCCUGAUCGAUCUAGAUCCCCCGAGUCGAUGGCGGACGUGAGCUCUGUGAAAAAUGAAGAACCAGUGCCGCAACUUGAAUCUGUUUUCAUCGGACCUCAAUUGCCUCCACCUCUCCAGAAGGAGUCUACUGUUACCAAUCUCCAUGACUUAAGUCAGCUCCUACUAGACAAGUUCGCCGUAGUCGACCCCGAGCACGACAAGUUAUCUUCUCUUCAAGUUGCAUAUCUUCAAUUUACUACGCGUUUAGAGGACUGGAAAGCUGGGUAUCUGUCAGAAGAGCGCUAUAAAGAAAAGUUACAAGAAGUUAAUAACUUUCUCUGUGAUUAUGAGCAAUCAUCCCUUCCGUCCGGCUGGAGAUGUGUGUGGGACCCUGAAAACAAGCGCUACAUCUACAAAUCAUCUUCGUUUCCGUCCGAACAGUACCAACGGCCACCUGUAGAAACAAAUAAUGCGUGCCCAAUUGAACCUACUUGCUCGAUUCCUGUUUGUCAAACUUCAGUGCCUGAAAAUGGACCCGACCCUGAAAUUCAUCUGAGUGAAAAUGACAAUACGGAUAACGUGAGACCUCAAGCAGAUGAUGCCACUCAAAUGUAUGAACCAACAGAACUGGAUGGCCAGACAACAUUGACGUUAGUGGACACCUCGGAGACUUUUCUUUGUUCCAACAGCCCUAAGUGUGACCUUGAGAGUGGCCGUUCAAACUCCGCUAAAACCCACGAAGCGACAUCCAAGGACAUUCAGGACCCAAAAUCAGAAGUUCUCGUGUCAAAGAAGGAUAUGCCGAAUCUCCUCGACAAGUGGCAAAAAGUUCAAGAAAGUUUGUAG